AUGGGUAGGAGAAAUGAACAUUUAUCGACAGCACCGAAUCCUCGCUGGAACGAAGCAGCAGGGGAUCAGCGGCGCUGGGGUCGACGUUCUCCUCGUUAUCAUAGUCGCUCACGUUCAUGGACUCCUAGGCGUUCAUACUCGCCGCGUAACAACUCGCCAUCAUUAGAAAAUCCGUCUUCUCGAAGAAGACGUUCACGUAGUCCACUGGCUCCACCAGGUCACCGCCGGCCAUAUGAUAGCCGGCAAGCAACACGGAAUGCUAUGAUGAACCAUAUCCGUGAAGCCUCACAACAAGAUCGCCGCGUUUAUAUUGGGAACUUGUCAUACGAUGUCAAAUGGCAUCAUCUUAAGGAUUUCAUGAAGCAAGCUGGAGAAGUCAUUUUCGCAGACGUACUAAUGCUGCCUAAUGGCAUGUCAAAGGUACGUAUGGGUUCCCAUGAUGUUUGUCCGGCUUAUUUUUUCCCUCUUUUUACAGGAGUAGCAGAAUAUGCGACACGCGACGAAGCACAAAAUGCUAUUAAUACGCUUAGUAACCAAACUUUAAUGGGAAGAAUGGUUUAUGUUCGCGAAGACCGUGAACAAGAACCUCGGUUUGGAGGCCCUCCCCCGGGAGUACCUCGUUCAUAUGGUGGCUAUCCAGGAGAUACUCGAGGAUCUUCAUACAAUUCAUCAAAUGGUCGACAACUUUUUGUUCAGAAUCUUCCUUAUAAUGUCGGAUGGCAAGACAUUAAAGAUCUUUUUCGCUCAGCAGGAAACGUAAUUCGUACUGAUAUUCAUUUAACACCAGAUGGUCGUCCUAAAGGUACAGGUAUUGUCUUAUUUGAAACCGUAGAAGAAGCACGAAAUGCACAAGCAACUUUCAAUGGAUAUGACUGGCAAGGUCGUAUUAUUGAGGUUCGCGAAGAUAGGUUUGCAGGUCCCCCAAGCUUCGGUGGUCGCGGAUUCCGUGGGGGAUAUGGCGAAGGAUUUCGUGGCGGUUAUAGUGGGGGUUAUCAUAGAAAUGGCUACGAAAAUACACUUCCCCCUAACGACUUUACUGAUGGCGCUACUGCAAACGGCGAACCCAGUGAAACCAUUUAUGUUAAAAAUUUGCCUUGGUCGACUAGUAAUGAAGACUUGGUUGAACUUUUUACCACAAUUGGUAAGGUCGAACGAGCUGAAAUCCAAUAUGAGCCUUCUGGUCGAUCAAAAGGCGCAGGUGUUGUUCGUUUUGAUGCACUUCUUACAGCUCAAACAGCCAUAUCAAAAUUUCAAGGAUAUGAAUACGGCGGGAGACCCCUCGGGUUGUCUUUUGUUAAGUAUUUUUCUGGUCCAAAUUCUGAAAAACCUACGAGUGGUAAUGAUAUAAUGCCCGUGGAUACAAAUACAUAA